UGCGAGUAGUGGAGCGCGCUCGUGUAUCUUCGUGCCCUCUGGCGCGCCGGCCCCGCGACGGUUCCGACACUGCCCCGGAGGCGCCCAAGACGGCCCCAAAACGGCCGCGCGGUCGCGCGGCACGCGGCACGCAGCGCCACAGCAGGCACGGGUGCACACAGUAGUCGGCUGCAGCGCUGGGAUCGCCGCGUGCGCGAAGGGCGAGCAGCGGCAGCAGGCCACGUCGCUACCGAGCGAGAUGUUGGAGGCGAAGCUGGCGCCCGACGCAGCCUGAUGCAGGCCUGCGAUCAGCGCUCUGCUGCGGAGCGACGAUGCGACAAGCUGGUCAGCUACAGCGCUGGGGAACGGCGCGUGAGUUAGAGGUGUUCAGUGUUAGCGGGCUCUGGCGCUGUUUGGCGAGAUGUGGGGGGCGGUUUUGGGAUUAGGACGUUAUCAUAACUACAGUGCUGUGAUCAGCGGUUAAGUAAGGACGAGCAGUGGCAGCCGGCGCUGGCGCUGCUCAACGAGAUGCGGGAGGGUGUGCUGGAGCCUAAUGCCAUCACCAAUUGCAGCGCUCGGGUCAGCGCGAGCCAGAAGGGCAAUCACUGGCAGCAGGCUCUGUUGCUGCUCAGCGAGACCUGGAAGGUGAAGUCGGACCCGACGUCAUCAGUAACAGCGUUGGGACCAGCGCGUGCGACAAGGGCUAUCAGUGGCAGCGUAGGUUAGCGUUGCUCAGCCAGAUGCGUGAGGCAAUAUUGGAGCCCAGCGUCAUUUAUUCCCGCGACGGGAUCAGCAGGUUCGAGAAGGGCGAGCAGUUGCAGCAGUCCUUCUCGCUGCUCUGCACGACGUGGAAUGCAAAACUGAAGCCCGACGUCAUUAGCUACAGCGCUGGGAUCUGCGCGGGCAGGAAGAGCGACCAGCGGCAGCGCUCAGGGAGACGUGGAGGCGAAACUGGAGCCCGCCGUUGUCAAUUACAAAGCUGGGAUUCGGGCUCGGACCUUGCUGAGGAAGAUGUGGGAGGCGAAGUUGAAGCCGAACAACCUCAGCUUCAGCGCUGGCAUUGGUGCGUGUGUGAAAAUGCGAACAGGGGCAGCGGGCUCAGACGCUGCCCAGCGAGAUGUAAGAUCUGCAUCUGGGGGGCCCGUAUCAUCUCUCCUACAUGGCCAGCGGAAGCGUGUGCGAGAAUCUCUCCAGGCCUCACGUGCACAAAAUCGCCCCUUGACGGCGCCACCACGGGGCCGAAUCGCUCAGGCCGAAGCCAGAGACGCGUCUAGACGAGCCGCGGCAAACGAAAUCAUUGAUUCUUCUAUGGUUUCUGAAAGAUUUCCACCUUCUCGCCAUUUCGAGCGAAGACAGGCCCAAGACGGCCUUCUCGAGCCAAGACUGGCCCAAGAUGACGUGGACGAAGUCCACGGGUUCGCCCUAGUCAGCUACAAUGCUGGAGUCAGCGCGUGCGAAAGAUGCAAGCGGCAUUGGGCGAUGUCGCUGCUGUGAGCUCAAUGGCACCGCGUGUAAGAAAAGCGGGAAGAUGCUGCGGGUUUGGUGCUGCUCAGCGAGGUGGGGGAGGCGAGGCUGGAGCCCAACGCCAUCAGCGAAAACGCUGGGAGCAGCUCGCGCGAGACGGGCGCACACUGGCCGCCCGUUGUUCUUGCGCUGCUGAGCAAGAUGCGGAAGGCGUACCUUCAAGGGGAUAAAAAAAACGCCCCUACCCUGGUUUACGAGGCGCUGUGCGCUGACCCUCCUGUGGGGUGACAGGGUAAACCC